CAAGCAAGACCAGACCGGUCCAUCUCCAGAGGCGGAGUCUGAAGAUGCAGGAAGUGCCUCUCCUCCCCUCACAUGCUGAGGAGGGACCUCAGAGCCUGCUGUGUCACUGAUGAGCUGGGUACCUCUCUCCGCUCUCCACAGCAGCAUCCCUGACAGCGCGGGCUGGACCAGCCCAUCUGGACAUCUUUUCGGGUCUGCUCUCUUCUCUAGACGCAGCCGAGAAUGGACUCCCUUCCUGAGCCUCUGCUGGUCCGGAUCCUGGCUUACAUCCCCGCGGUCGAGCUGGUCUUGGUGUGCCGGCUCGUGUGCUCCCAGUGGAAAAACCUCGUGGAUGGGGCUUCUCUCUGGUUCCUGAAAUGCCGGCAGGAGGGCCUGGCGGGGGAAGAGGCGGAAGAGGCCGGGGCCGAGAACUGGCAAAAGCUCUACUUCUUGAAUCGAAGGAAGAGGAACCUGAUCAAGAACCCGAGUGGCGAAGAGGGCCUCGAAUCCUGGGUGGAUGUGGAAAACGGGGGUGAUGGUUGGAAAAUCGAAGAGCUGCCUGGAGAUUUUGGCAAAGAGUUCCCCAGCGACGAGGUCCACAAAUACUUUGUCUCAUCUUUUGAGCCGUGUCGCAAAGCACAAGUCAUCGACCUGAAGGCAGAAGGCUACUGGGAGGAAUUGAUGGACACCACCCAGCCCAAAAUUGUGGUGAAGGACUGGUACGCGGCCCGGUGUGAUGCAGGCUGCCUGUACGACCUGAGCGUGACGCUGCUGUCUGAGACAGAGGAUGUCGUGGCCGAAUUUAGGAGCGACACCAUAGCUGUCCCACAAGACAACGAGGGCGAAUGGACUGAGAUCACCCACACGUUCGCCAACUACGGCCCCGGCGUCCGCUUCGUCCGCUUCGAACACGGCGGCCAGGAUACCGUCUUCUGGAAAGGCUGGUACGGAGCGCGGGUGACUCACAGCAGCGUGACCGUGGAACUGUAGCGGCAGCCUCAUAAGCCCUGCACCGUCAAAAGCCUACACACCGCACUAUCCCUCAUUGAGGCGCGAGGGAACCCUUGCGUGGCUCUGCUCAGGGCUGGAUUGCGCAUCAUGCUAUGCACUCCACCGAAUCUGCCAAGCUCUGAAUCCUUGCUGUCCUUGAACGCUCCGGGACUUGCUGCAAAAAGGUCAUGUUCCUCCCACCCCGCAAAUUACUCCUCCACAGACCUGUAGAGCUGACGCUUCUCUGGGGGUCAAAGCGGACAAGGGAACUUCUCUGUCCUCCUAAUUCAAAUUCGCUUGUAAAGAUUUGAAGGUGAUUAUUUCGAUUAUUGUUAUUUACGGGGGGAAACCUAGCAUUACCCUCUUGCAGCAGUUAGUUGAACUUUGGGUAGGCAUACGCUCCUGAGAUUGGCAAGAGAUUGUUCGCGUUUCCCAACAUGGAUUGUUUUUAACAAAAAUAAAAAUCAGAGUUUUGCACAAGGGCAAAUUGGGCACAGAAAAACGAGGAUCUCCCCCCCCCCCCCCCGCACCUCCAAAAGUUGCUGAAUGCAACUUGGUAAAAGUAAUUGUCGGCUUGCAAUGGGUGGACCUGCUCGGAUAUCAGGUGAGUGGUGACGGAUGUCUCACCUGCUGGGCGUUUCCCACAAGCUGUAAUCGCUCCCGACAGUGACACCAAAGACCAUAGCCACCGCGGCCUUCUCCUCUCGCCCUCCUCUUAGCAACUCCCUUGUAUGCCUUUCUGACCAACCCUUCUGGAAUGGUGCAGCCUUCUUUUUCACUGCCCUGUGCUGGGAUAAUCCCAUCAGUGGGUGGGAAGAAACAGAGAGAAAGAGUCUUGUGUUUCUCACAUGCUGGUAUGAUUAGAGAGCGCCGUUUCUAUCUGGAUUUGUCCCUCUUGUCUUCACUGCUUCUCACACACACACAGACACACAUGUUUGUAAAUAAAAGUUGAACUGCAGCUGCAGCAACCCUCA